AUGGAUAUUUUGAAGCAUAAAUAUAAUUACGAAUCGGCAACACCUAGGAAGGGGUGCUUGAUACUUUUCAUUUCUGCACUUGUGACUCAAAACUCCGCCGUUCGUCUCCACAAGAUAUUACAAUAUCUGGAUGGGUACAAAUCUGACCAUAGGCUGCACGGAUUUCUUCAUAUCGGUGUCGAUUAUGCUGUUUUCCUCAAACUGCCGAAACCUCACGCUAAAUACUUUGUAUACGAACUUUACGAAGCAAAAAAUGUACCAGAAAAGGGUAGAUACUCUCCAAGAUUGCUCGCGGUCUCUAAAGUGCCCGUAGAAUAUAUCAAAGAUCAACUAACAACCUUCAGAGAUGAGCUGUACAAGGCCAAAUACUUUAAUAACAAUACAGUGCCUGGUACUAGAGUGAAAACCAUAAGAGAAUGGCAAAUUGACAAAGCAUUGAAUUUUCAUUCCGAUGGACGAACAUUCCAAGACAAGCCACCAAUUCUAAGAUCUGUAUUGUGA